AUGGAUACGUUUCUAGGCAAAAAAUAUAAACUAAAAUCGUCGGAUAACUUUGAGGAAUAUUUGAAGUUUAUCGGUGUAGGCCUAUUAUCGCGGAAAUUAGUUAUAUCCUUAUCACCGAUCAGUGAAUUGUCAAAAAAUGAAGAUGGUUCGUAUUCUUUGACGAUGACAACUCCUGUUAGAAAGGUGGUGACGACGUUCCGAUUAGGAGAAGAGUUUGAUGAAGAAAGACCGGAUGGUGUCAAAGUUAAGUCACUUAUGACAAUAGAAGGCAAUAAGCUAGUUCAAGUACAAAGGGAUCCGAGUGGAAAAACGUCGAAACACGUCAGGGAAUUCAAGGACAAUACUUUGACAGUGAUAUCCACCGCUGAAGGCUGGGACGGCACGUGUAUAAGAGUUUAUGAGUCAAUGGAUUAA